AUGCAUGGCCGUGACCUGGGCAUGAACCCUGACGACUUGAUUGAGGUGCCAGAGCAAGAGGCCAAACAGGAGGUCCUGGAAAACAAAGACGUGGUUGUCCAACAUGUCAACAUUGAGGGUCUGGAAAGAACUAAAGAGGAUUUACUGGGAUAUGAAAUCUCAGAGGUCUUCAGUGCCAAAAACCUCAUAGAUGUCAUGAAAAAAGCUCACGUGGCCAGACAGAGACUGCUCCGUCUGGGUAUCUUCAAAGAGGUCGAGGUGCUCAUCGACACAUCUGAGGGUAGAGAUGCUUUGCCCAAUGGUCUAGAUGUGACUUUCGAGGUGACAGAGAUCAAGAGGUUGACGGGAAGCUACAACACCAUGGUUGGCAACAACGAAGGGAGCAUGGUGCUUGGUCUGAAGCUGCCCAAUGUGUUCGGUCGCGCUGAGAAGCUGACUUUCCAGUUCUCCUACGGGACCAAGGAGACCUCGUAUGGGCUAUCCUUCUUUAAGCCUCAACCUGGACACUUUGAACGCAACCUCACACUCAACCUGUACAAAGUCAUGGGUCAGUUCCCCUGGAGCUCGCUGAAAGAGACCGACAGAGGGCUGUCAGCAGAGCUCAAUUUUCCCCUCGGGAUGACCAGCCACACGCUGAAGUGGGAGGGGGUGUGGCGGGAGCUGGGUUGUCUGGCGCGCAGCGCCUCCUUCGCGGUGCGAGAGGAGAGCGGGCACUCCCUCAAGUCUGCCCUGAUGCACACCAUGUCGGUCGACACGAGGAAUUCUUCCAUCUUCCCCCACAAAGGUGCCUUAAUGAGGAUCAACCAGGAACUAGCCGGUUACACAGGAGGAGACGCCAGCUUCUUGAAAGAGGACUUUGAGCUUCAGUUCAACAGACGACUCUUCUGGGACUCGGUGUUGUCUGCCUCCCUGUGGGGCGGGAUGCUGUAUCCGCUUGGAGGGAAGCCUUCUUGCAUCGCUGACCGGUUCUACCUUGGCGGUCCCACGAGCGUGCGAGGCUUUGGGAUGUACAGCGUUGGGCCGCAGAGUGAAGGUGACUAUCUCGGUGGAGAGGCGUACUGGGCAGGCGGACUUCACCUGUACACCCCGCUUCCCUUUAGACCGGGCAAGGGCGGCUUCGGGGACCUCUUCAGAACACACUUUUUCCUCAACGCUGGAAACCUCUGCAAUCUCAACUACGGCGAGGGUCCCCGGGCACACCUUCAGAAGCUGGCGGAGUGCAUCCGCUGGUCGUACGGCGCGGGCAUCGUGCUGCGUUUAGGAAACAUCGCCAGGCUGGAGCUGAACUACUGCGUGCCCAUGGGAGUCCAGAGCGGAGACAGGAUAUGCGACGGUGUCCAGUUCGGAGCAGGAAUCCGCUUCCUGUGAUGUCAUCGGCUCGCCGUACUCUUGCACAGGCCAUAAUGUUUAAAAAAAAAAAAAAAAGGGGAGAGCGUAACGCCACUUCUGUCAGUGUGUCGUAAAGUGCAACACUAAGCAUGGAUCCCGCCAGAAUGCAUUGUCCCGGAGAAGACCCCCCCCCCCCCACCCGCCCACCUCCACCCUCAGCUGUGUGUACCGGUGAAUAACCACCACCUCUGUUUCCUGUGGUAGCACGAACUAUUUAUGUUUCUAGGGACUUCGAUAGAUUUGGGCACAUCAGCCACGCCACGCCGCUCCCUACCCCCCCCCCCCCCCCCGUUUUGACACGACUCGUCCGUAACGUUGCGUGAGAUCUGAGCCACAGCGGGCGCUCCUGCGGCCCCCGUGAGUCGAGUCCACACCAGGUGACCCAACAACCGCCACACACCGGCGCCGAGUCGAAGCGUUGCCGGCGAGGGGCCGGGCCGUCUCCCGGCCCGGCGGCAGAGGUGGACAUUUCUUGAAGGAAGCCUACCGCCACUAGUGCCCUUACCUGUCUGCCCUCUUUUUGAUGUUGUUGAAGCUGUUCUGAUCCGUACACAAAUUAAAACACAGCUGU